UAGACUUACAAGUCGAGGUUGCAGAAUACUAUCUUGCUUUGUCGGAAAACUUAUAAAUCAGCCAGAAACGAGGGUUUGCGAGUACGGGGAGGCAGCGCGUCCACCACAAGGCUAAUUGUCUUUUCGGAUCUAAUGCUUCAAAUUCAUGUGUAGUUCCGUUAGUGUAAUUUGCUCGAAUAGAGUUGUCGAUAUCAUAAUACUAGAGGAAGGGAUGCCAAUUAGGUUCUUCUGAAGUUCCAGCGGUUUCAUCUCUUGUGAGCGAAUUUUGAAACUAGUGGCGCAAGUGUGCGGUCCAUUUACGCAAUGGCGAGAGAGAAGCGUCCUCUGGAUAAGGACACAUCAAGUGAUGGAAUGCCCGAGGAAAAGCGUCAGCGUGUUCCCGCAUUAGCGAGUGUGAUUGUUGAAGCGGUCAAAAUGGACAGUCUGCAGAAGCUCUGUUCCACUCUCGAGCCUUUACUUCGUCGGGUGGUAGGAGAAGAAGUUGAGCGUGUUCUUGCGAAGUUAACCCCGGCCAAAGUGGGUUUCAGAUCUUCUCCCAAAAGGAUACAGGGUUCUGAUUCCAGAAGUCUGCGGCUUCAAUUUAGAAACAAGUUGGCCUUGCCUCUUUUCACGGGAAGUAAGGUUGAGGGAGAACAAGGAUCUGCGAUUCAUGUUGUGCUGCAAGACGCUAGCACGGGCCAGGUCGUGGCUGUAGGAGCAGAAUCGUCUGCAAAGCUUGAAGUUGUCGUUCUCGAAGGGGACUUCUCUGCUGAUGAUGAGGAGGACUGGCCCCAGGAAGACUUUGAGAAUCACGAAGUCCGGGAGCGAGAUGGGAAGAGACCACUGUUAACAGGGGAGCUUUUUGUUACAUUAAAGGAUGGUGUGGGAACACUUGGAGAACUAACAUUUACAGAUAAUUCGAGCUGGAUAAGGAGCCGGAAAUUCCGUCUAGGUGUCAAAAUAUCCUCUGGAUACUGUGAAGGUCUUCGCAUACGAGAGGCCAAGACUGAGCCUUUUACCGUCAAAGAUCAUCGUGGAGAGUUGUAUAAGAAACACUACCCACCAGCAUUACAUGAUGAAGUGUGGCGUCUGGACAAAAUCGGGAAGGAUGGUGCGUUUCACAAGCGAUUGAAUCAGUCUGGAAUUCAAACUGUGGAAGAUUUCCUAAGGCUUGUCGUCAUGGACCCGCAAAAGCUUCGGAACAUUCUCGGAAAUGGAAUGUCAAACAAAAUGUGGGAGGGAACAGUGGAGCACGCGAAGACAUGUGUUCUCAGUGGUAAGCUGCAUGUUUACUAUGCGGAUGACAAGCAAAAUAUCGGGGUCAUAUUCAACAACAUAUCUCAGCUAAUGGGGCUCAUUGCAGAUGGGCAGUACAUGUCUGUCGACUCAUUGUCGGAUAGCGAAAAGGUUUAUGUUGAUAAACUCGUGAAGGUGGCGUAUGAAAAUUGGGAGAAUGUGGUGGAGUAUGAUGGUGAAGCGCUAAUUGGUGUAAAACCGUACAAGCUGAGAGGAAUUGAUGCCCACACUGAAGAUCCUAUCGUCGGUCAAGGUUCAAGUGGACAUCAAUCCUUGACAAGUGCGUCCAAUCAGCUUGCUGUAUCAUCUACCCAGAUUAUGACAAGCCAACGACCGCAAUCGGGGGGCCAGACGUAUACGACACCUGAACAAAAAGUUCACAGGAAGUACUUAAACCAAGUUAACUCGAUGGCUGAGCAUCACAACAGUCAAGGUUUUUUAAAUUCAGGGCAAUAUCCAUCGCAACCUUCUUCGAUCAGCCUUACUCAUCAAACCUACUUACAUGGAGUAAAUCCACCUGUAACUGGUCUUGCACUUGGUCUGCCUCACGCUAGUAUCACUACGCCCCCAGGUCCUUCAAUAGCUGUUCUUAAUGGAACCACUAUGUUGCCUGGAACCGUGAAUUCACCAAAUGACUGGCCCCGGUAUAAAGAACUGCGUGGACAAGACGGAUUGUCUCGGACAAUGCAGAUGGAUGAAUUGCUUUCAGAAGAUGAACUAAGAGUGAAGAGCAUGGAAUUACUGGAAAAUGAAGAUAUGCAUCUCCAAAUUCAGCAGCUGCUUCGGAUGUUCAAUGCUGCAUCGAGCGAAGUACCCUCAAAUCCCUACUCCGGUGGUCAAGGAGAAGACAAUUUUUCUUUUGGUGCCUUCACGCCUCCUCCUGAUUUGAAUGUUGGUAUGGAUAGAGCUCGAGUCCAUGGAAGAGCAAAUGUCGGCUGGUUAAAGCUCAAGGCUGCUUUGCGAUGGGGUAUAUUUAUAAGGAAGAGGGCAGCAGCUAGAAGGGCUCAGCUUGAAGAAGUGGAGGACGAAGGAUCAGGUUGAACGUUUUUGGUGGGAUAUACUCAGCACUAUACCAGGUCCUUGGAGCUGGUCAAAUAAUCGAAUUAGGCCGACGUACAUACCCGAAAUUUCAGUGCGGAAUUGGGCGCAGGUCGAUUAUUGAUCGACCAUCUUCGUCAUUAAGUAUUGCAAAAGAUCCUUCCGACGCACUCUUUUGACGAUAGUCCUGUGUCAAUGAAUGUGGAUAUUUUAAGUUGAGGUACUGAAUAUACUGAACAAGCUGCAGUAAACACUGUUCCUUCAUUUUCUUUAACUGUUGUGAUGUUAUAUUCGUUACCUUUUUGUAUACUUUUGCUUUCAUUACGGAGCGGAAUUGUGGAAUAAAUCCCUAGCAUACGCAUGGAGAAACCAUGCUCGUUGACAAUGUUUAGAUAUUAUUAUUGACGAAUACGUCGCGGAUGUCAUAUUGAUUUUGUUUAGUCAUUUUGAGAUGGAGAGUGCGGGAAUGGUUUAGUGUACACUUGAACCCUAGACCCAACCAAACCCUGAGGAGCUACAUCUGCGUAGAAAUUGCUGAGUGAUUUGCAUAGUAUUGGAGAAGCAUACGAGUUCCUUAAGGAUAGAUAAGGAUACGGGUUACAUCACUUUGUAGGUUCCAAAGCGUUUGAAUAACACAAACCGAUAUAAAAGUA